AUGGAACCCUUGUGCACUUUAGGAAGAGACGGCCCCCAAGUCUCUGCCGUCGGACUCGGAUUCGGGAGCCUCAGUGGGGUCUAUGGGCCAUGCGGUACCCUAGACGAAAGAGUGGCGCUUUUAGAGCAUGCACAUGCCAUAGGAUUACGCUUCUGGGACCUCUCCGACAUCUAUGGUGACACUGAGGAUGUCGCCGGCGAAUGGUUCAAGCGAUCUGGGCCUGAGAAGCGCAAUGACAUUUUCCUAGGUACGAAGUUUGGACUCCAGCGCCAGCCCGAGGCAGGAUACACAUUUCGAUCAGAUCCUGAAUAUGUUAAGUCUGCUUGUGAAAAAAGCCUCCGGAGACUCGGCGUUGAUACGAUUGACCUUUACUACUGCCAUCGGGUAGAUGGUGUGACACCUAUUGAAAAGACCAUCGAGGCUAUGGUGGAGCUGAAGAAGGAAGGGAAGAUCCGGUAUCUCGGCCUCUCAGAGUGUUCCGCAGCUACACUACGUCGGGCGCAUGCCGUUCACCCUAUUUCUGCGCUACAGAUGGAAUACAGUCUCUUCACACUCGACAUCGAGUCACCGGAGUCGGACAUCUUGAGAACCUGCCGCGAGCUAGGCGUAACUAUCGUGGCCUACAGUCCUAUUGGACGUGGCGUCCUGGCUGGCCAGUUUCGAUCCUAUGCAGACAUCCCCGAGGGUGAUCUACGUCGUUUCUACCCGAAGUACUCAGAGAACAACUUCCCGAAGAUUUUAAAGCUCUUGAGCGCAUUGGAAAAUAUCGCAAGUGCUCAUCAAACUACUCACGGACGGGCCACCCCUGGGCAAGUUGCUCUUGCGUGGCUUCUCGCGCAAGGCGCAGAUAUCAUCCCCAUCCCAGGUACAAAGUCGGCUGCUAGAAUGGACGAAAACGCGGCCUCAGCAGACCUUCACUUGAGUGAUCAAGAGGUACAAGAAAUUCGGACCCUAGCUGAGGGAAUUGGAAUUGAAGGUACUCAGUACCCUGCCGUGAUGAUGGCGACACUCGCCACUGAUACACCAGCACUUAGGGAUUAG